GAAGGUACCAGGUCCUAACACAUAAUGGAGUCAUGGGGUAUACAAAUUUUACUACUGUUUAAAAUUAUGCAUUCGGUUCUGGGUCAGAAUGUGGAAGAGGACACUCGAGCAGGAUGCAGAACAGCAGAAAAUGAUUUGGUGUUCAUCGUUGAUGGUUCCUGGAGUGUUGGUUAUACAGAUUUUGACAAAGCUAAAGCCUGGCUGAUUAAUGUAAUAAGUGGUUUUGACAUUGGCCCAUUGUACACUCAUGUUGCCGUUGUUCAGUACAGCGAUGCUCCUCGACUAGAGUUUCCCCUAGGCCAACAUCAAACAAACCAUGAAUUACUUGAUGCAAUCAAGAAUAUUAGAUAUUUAGGAGGGAAUACAGAGACAGGACGAGCAAUAUCAUUUGCCACAAAAAGUGUUUUUUCUUCAUCACAGAGAACCAAUAUAGUCAAAAACAAGAUUGCAGUUGUGGUCACAGAUGGAAAGUCCCAGGAUAAUGUUGUUAAUGCUUCAACGGUGGCAAGGUUACAAGAUAUUACCGUGUUUGCUGUUGGAGUUGGAUCUGAAAUAAUGGAGUCGGAGCUCAUUGAUAUUGCUAACAAACCAUCAUCGACAUAUGUACUUUAUGCAGAAGACUACACAACCAUCGAAAAGAUCAAAGAGGCAAUGCAGCAGAAGCUGUGUGAAGAAUCUGUCUGUCCUACCAGAAUACCUGUGGCAUCACGCGAUGAAAAGGGAUUUGAGUUAAUGAUUGGAAUGAAAAUCACCCAAAAGUCUCCAGAAAUACCUGGAUCUUUGCUUUCAGAAGCAGCAUACCUCUUGACACCGGAUGUGGACAUUUCUGAAUAUACAAGAGAAAUUUUUCCAGAAGGCCUUCCUCCUACUUAUGUUUUUGUUGCAACAUUACGCAUGAAGUCUCCAGUCAACCAUAUAAAGUUUGAUUUGUGGAGGAUAUUAUCUAAGUCUGCAGACAUCCAGGUAGCUGUCACACUUGAUGGUCAAGAGAAAUCUGUGCUGUUUACAACAACAAAGAGAGAGGAUGAAUUACAAACAGUGACAUUUAAAGACCCAAAGUUACAUAAUUUAUUUGAUGAGCGCUGGCAUCAGCUAAAGAUUCUUGUGAAGGAAAGACACGCCACUAUCUUUUUAGAUGAUGUUCAGAUACAGAAGAGGCCAUUGCAGGAAAGCAUCCCCAUUUACAUCAAUGGGAAGACUCAAGUUUCUAAACAUGUUGGAAGAGACACAACAGUACCUAUUGAACUGCAAAAAUUAAGGCUAUACUGUGAUCCCCAACAGAGUGAACGUGAAACUGCCUGUGAGAUUUUCUCAGUGGAUGAUGAAAGGUGCCCCCUGGACAGAGUACCAACAGAACCAGUCUGCAACUGCCCUGCAGAACAAAUUGCACCCCCUGGGCUUUUUGGCCCAAAGGGUCAUAAGGGAGAGACAGGUAUUCCAGGAGCUGAUGGCAGACCUGGUCCACCUGGAAUUCAAGGAAUACCUGGUCCUCCUGGGCUUCCUGGAAAACAAGGUGCACGUGGCCAGCCUGGGCAGCCUGGGACCCCUGGACCUCAAGGGCUUCAAGGUAAUCAGGGACCACCAGGAUUCCCUGGAAUUCCAGGACCUCCAGGACCUAAGGGAUCCGAAGGUCACCCCGGUCAGCCAGGGAUACCAGGAAUUCCAGGGAAAAAGGGCAGCAAAGGUGAGAAGGGGUUACAAGGUCUACCUGGACUUCCUGGUCUUCAGGGAGAACCUGGUAUUCCUGGGAGAGACGGACUUCCAGGAUCGAUAGGAUUAAAGGGAGAUACUGGGCCACAAGGUUUGCCAGGAUCAGAUGGACAACAAGGACAACCGGGUUUCCCUGGUGUUCGUGGACCUCCUGGGCCAGUAGGACCAAGGGGUGAAAGAGGUGCUACUGGUCCUAAAGGUGCAUCCGGACUACCUGGACAACAGGGGCCACCAGGACCCAUAGGCCCUCCAGGACCAAAGGGGCAAGAAGGAGUAAAGGGGCUUCCUGGUGAGCCUGGAAAACUAGGUCCUAUGGGUUCUCCUGGAAAAACAGGAGCUACUGGAAUAUCAGGACCUCCAGGCCAGCCUGGUCCAAUGGGGACACAAGGACCGAAGGGGCACAAGGGAGAUGCAGGUGAAAAAGGAGAAAAAGCUGAACAGGGAGAUGCAGGAGAAAAAGGAGAAAAAGCUGAACAGGGUGAAAAGGGUGCAAAUGGAAAUCCAGGAAUACCUGGACUAAAGGGUCAUCCUGGUGGAAAAGGUGAAAAGGGAGAGAGAGGUGAUGUUGGCUUACCUGGUCAAACAGGAAUGGAUGGAAGUAAAGGAAAUAUUGGAUCUGUGGGUCAUGUCGGGCCUCGUGGAAUUCCUGGUCAAGAUGGAUCACAAGGGCCGCCUGGUCGCCCUGGGAUUCCAGGAAAACCAGGGAAAUCUCUUACAGAUGAACAAAUUGUAAAACUGUGCACCAAUGUCCUUCAGAAUCAGUUGCCUUCACUCCUUCAAACUAUGAAAACUAUCUGCCAGCCAUGUGAAUCAGUGCCAGGACUACCAGGCCAGCAAGGUUUGCCAGGCUCCCCUGGACCUCCAGGAGACAGAGGAUUACCUGGGUACCCAGGCAGAGAAGGCAGAAAUGGAUAUCCAGGAGUAGGUGGAAUUCCUGGCAUGAAAGGGUGCAAAGGUGACAGUGGUCUAAAGGGAGACAAAGGUUUCAGAGGUGAAGCAUAUUCAGGUCCUCCUGGUCUGCCUGGGCCAAUAGGUCCUCAAGGACCACCAGGCCGUAGUAGUGAAGGUUUUCCUGGAUCCCCUGGACACCCCGGACGUGAUGGAGUACCAGGUAUCCCUGGAAAGCGUGGACCACCCGGACCUACAGGCAUCUGUGAUAUGUCACCCUGCUAUAAUGCCUAUGAGAACAGAAAUAAUCCAUUCUACAAAGGACCAAACUUCUAACAUUUUAGAACUCUUCAGAUUCAUAACAGUGAACUGAAAUGGUUCAGCUUUUGCCCUCCUGAUGUAUUGAAAAAUACAAGGGAAUACUAAGUCAUGGAAAGGACAAAUUAAAUAUCCAUGCGUAUAGUCUCUUUUUAGGAGACAAAUACCAUUACUUCCUUUCAACUCAUAGACUGAUUACAGCCAGAUGCUAAUUUAUGCAAACAUCUGCAUGUACUUUUUGUGUUAUACUGGUUAAAAAUGUGCCUUAAUAUAUCCUUCUAUACCUCAUGACCUAAUAUAGUUUAAUUUUAUCAGUGUAUCUUCUAAACUAGGAUUUACUUGAGAGAUUUUUUUUCAUUCCAGAAAUGAUUCUUAAGCUCACGUUUUUUUGUAGAUGAAACUGAAACUAUUUUUUUUUGAGAUGACACUUUUUUUUUAUUAAAAAUUUCCAGACAAAUGUCUGUUAUUUAGAGUGCUAUAAUGUAUAUAGUGAUUAUACAGUUGCAAAAAGCCACAGAGCCAUACUUAAUAUUUCUUAAAGUAGACAUGACACACAGUUCCACUUGUAUAGUGCUACACUCUCUUCUAGUACAAUGUGCAAUGUAUAAAAUGGUGCUCUGACUUGCAGUUUAAUUUGUGUAGCAUAUGAUUCCCCUGGCUCCUGUCCAGUAUAUAAAGUUAUUGUGAAGACUUGCUGAUUAUUUAUGUGCUGUGCUUUCACAUAUUAAUAUUAAUUAUUCAGUGAAUGAAAUCAUAAUAAAAAUAAUGGUCCGUAUCAGUUUGAAUGGCCCCUACCAAAGCUGUUUUAGUCCUUAAUGUCUACAUGGGCUUAUUUUUCUCAUUCUUGCUGUCUUUUUAAAAUAUGUAGAUUCAUGUAUCUUUGUAGUUUUUGAGUAUUGCCAGUUUACAUGUAAAAUAAAAAAAUAAUGGUAGGUUAAAUGUAAAUGACUUUGUAGAGUAGCAAGUUUGUGUGUUUUCUAAAACUCAUAAGCUAUUUGAAAAAUGUAUAUUUAGAAUGUAAAUUGUUUAUAUGAAGAACUGGUAUCCUACGGAAUCCACAAGACUGCAUAGUUACCAGUGAAGCAUGUUUCUUGAACAUUUUUGUUAUGUAUUGUACAGUUUGGCUGGGCCAUUCUUUUUGAAAGUAAGUCAACUAUGUAUUUGUUUUAUUAAACGUAGGUGAAAGGCAUGGUGAUGGAAGCAAGAGUGUCUUGAAGAAGUAGACUGCAUAUACUAAACAUGUUUUCAUUAGAAAAAUGGAAAUGCUUCUUAAUUUUUUCCUUUAAAAUUAUUGAUAGGUACAUUAACAAACCCUCAUCAAAAUCUCAGUUUGAAAUUUAAAGACAGAUGCCUGAAGAAAUAAUCCAUUACUUAAAUCAGUACUUGUAUGUUCUCAGAGGUGGAGCUCCUGCCUCUAAACAGCACACUUUAAAGUCAUUGUGUUGUAUCAGAAUGACCAAUGAGUGUGAGCUAAAACUGUUAAACCAGGUCUAACACUAACAGUAUCUUUUAUCAUGUAAAUGAUACUGGAUUUUUGUCAAACUGUUAAAGACACAACCUUAGAUAUAAAAAUUUUAUAACAGUUAUGAACAGUGUGUUUUAGUUUGUUAAACUCCAACAAAACAACAAUCAAUAUAAUGGCUUGUCACAGGCUAUCAUAUAUUUUGUUUAUAACAUAUGCAUUGUUUAUUAAUAGAAAUCAUAUCAUCUACUGCUUUGUCUGAGUCGUAUCAUCAGCAGCAACACGGUGGGUAGCCUGACUGGGAAGUAUCUUAUUUCAAGACAAUAAGGCAAGCUUCAGCAUAUUUGUAAAUGAAAAAGAGUUUUCACAUCUCUAGGGGAAAAAAGGUCUGUACUUUAAUGGACAGUUUUGAAAUAAUUCCAUGAGGUUACAGAUAGAACCCAAUCUUCAUUCACAGUGCCUUUCACAUUGUGGUUCAGGAGUCAGGCACUUGGAGUAUGCCUUGUACAUCCUGGUGCAUGAGUCUUGCUCUUGCACUAUGCCUUGUACAUCCCUGUACAGGAAUCUGGCACUUGCACUAUGCCUUGUACAUCCUAGAGAUCAUGCCUUGUACAUCCUGGCUCAGGGGUCUGGCACUUGCACUAUGCCUUGUACAUCCUAGAGAUCAUGCCUUGUACAUCCUGGUGCAGGGGUCUGGCACUUACACUAUGCCUUGUGCAUCCUGGUGCAGGAAUCUGGCACUUGCACUACACCUUGUACAUCCUGGUGCAGGAAUCUGGCACUUGCACUAUGCUUUGUACAUCCUGGUGCAGGAGUCUAGCACUAGCACUAUGGCUUGUACAUCCUGGUGCAGUAGUCUGGCACUUGCACUACGCCUUGUACAUCCUGGUACAGGAAUCUGACACUAGCACUAUGCCUUGUACAUCCUGGUGCAGGAGUCUGGCACUUGCACUAUGCCUUGCACAUCCUGGUGCAGGAGUCUGGUACUUGCACUAUGCCUUGUGCAUCCUGGUGCAGGAACCUGGCACUUGCACAAUCAUUAGACACCUCUACCCUAUGUAAUUAAAUAUUGAAGUAACACUUCCUCCCUCUGCUUAGCCUGUUUUCCUGGUCAUAUCACAAGGAACAUAAAAUUUAAACAACCCAGUACAAAACUCCUGAACGUUGCCAGAAUAUUUUGUAGCUGCAGGGUUAUGCAGCUCAUGUCACAUUUAACUGUCAUAAUAGCUGCCUCCUUCUUGCUAUCAGCAUAGUGAUAGCUGUGGGUGGCCAACUGUCACCCUUUAACUCUUAACUUGUGUCUGACAGAUGCUAUGUCACAGAUAAGCCCAUGGUAAUUAGUCCUAGUUUUUGAUAUACCUGCAACUUGCAGUGGGGAUAUAUCAUUUAUGGCUUCUUGUCUAACCUCAUAAACCACAGCAGCUUCCAUAUGAGAUAGGUAUAAUCUCACAGGACUCAGUUUUCUUUCUGUUUAUCAAGCUAGUAUGAGCUUUCAGUAAUAAAUUUCUGUAGUACAGAGACCAAAAAUGAAAACUCAACACUUUUUCCCAUUGGAACAUGUGUUUCUAGUCAUCUGACAACUGAUUUUUCUAGUCAUCUGACAAUUGAUUAAUUGAAAAAAUGUAUGAAAUUUCAUUUUAAUCAAGUAGGAUUUAUUAAAAUACCUGACUGUAUACAUAGACAAUCCUAUUGUAUAUGUCUUAUUCACUGUUUAUGGUUCAUACAUUCCACAAGUGAAAUCCCUUGAUCUGAUUGUCUCUAACCGUUACUUAUUUAUAUCACAUUAUUUUUCUGAUAAUUUAGUACAGUGGAUGCAAGACAAAAGUCCAAAGAUUGCUUCAUCCAAGACUUAUACUUCUGGGCUGCUUGUGUAACCAUGGUUUCCCAUUAAAAUAUCAUUUUUCACAUGAGGUAAAGUGCAGUACCCCAUGCACCCACCUGAACUUUUCCACACAGGAAACUUUGUCUCAUUUGCAGAUCAUUCCACCCCAGGGAAAGGAAAUCACACUAGCACGUUUGCACUAUUAGCACUAAAGCACCAAACUUUAGACUUUCACAUAUAUUUCUUAGACCUUCCCCUUACAUAACACAGGCAUGCAGCAGUGCAAAUGAAGUAUGAAAGUGCUAACAUGUUGAGGCUACCAUAUUUUUAAAAACAAGGCACAGCACUGUAAAUAAACUCUAAAACAAAGAGAUCAAUUAUCAAUCAAGUAGUAACACUAAGAAAUAAAAAUAAAUGAAUGAAUAAAUAAAUAAAUCUGGAAGUUCAGACUUCAAGUUGAAGAAAAAACAUAUUAUGGUUAGUUGUCUGAAUCAGUUCAGUAUUAGAAGUCUUACUUCAGAUGUUUCCCUUUUGCAUUAGUUAUAAAUGGUUUCUUAUUUAUUGUACUUAAAUUUGUAGGUGUGUGAUCUAUUUUCUGUAUACUGCAACCAAAUGACCAUUUA